AUGGAAGACAGAUCCCCUUUUCUGGUUCAAUCCAACGGAGACAGCAGCCGAGCGAGCCUGCAUGACCCCGACCACCUCGACCUGAGCUCCUACAACAACAAUCACAACAACAGCGCCAUCCUGGGAGCCCCGAACAACCAGCGCCACUACCGUCGCAACUCCUUCACCUUCACUCCCCUGUUCGGACGCGACGACUCUGGGGUGUACGAGGGAUCGAGCGAGAAGUAUAUCAACGACCCCAUCCAUGGGCAUGUGCUACUGAAUAACGAUUGUCUUAGUUUUAUCGACACACCGCAGUUCCAAAGACUUCGAGAUCUCAAGCAGUUGGGAUCUGCGUACUAUGUGUUCCCUGGUGCCACACAUAACCGCUUCGAGCAUUCAAUAGGAACAUCACAUCUUGCAGGAGAGCUCGUCGAGAGGUUCCGCGACACUCAACCAGAACUCGAGAUUAGCGAGAGCGAUGUUAAAUGCGUGCGACUGGCAGGACUCUGUCACGAUCUUGGCCAUGGUCCAUUCAGCCAUGUUUUUGACAACGAAUUCAUUCCACGAGCCAUCCCAGGAUCAACCUGGACACAUGAGCAAGGUUCGGAGAUGAUGCUCGAGUACCUGGUGGAUGAUAAUGCCGUGGACAUUGAUCGGGAGGAAAUCAACUUUAUAAAGGAUCUCAUUAUGGGCGAGAGACGAUAUAAUACGCAGCGCCAUGCAUUCUUAUUUGAUAUCGUCUCCAACAAGCGAAACUCUCUGGAUGUGGACAAGUACGACUAUUUGCAGCGUGAUUGCUACAAUGUCGGGAUCAAAUCUUCGAUCGACUGCUCCCGACUUAUGAAGAUGUCGAGGGUCAUUGACGAUCAGAUCUGCUGGCACCACAAGGAGGUCUACAACCUGUACGAGCUGUAUCAUACGCGCUUCAGCCUAUUCAAGAGAGUCUACACGCACCGAGUAGGCAAGGCAAUCGAGUACAUGUUGACGGACGCUCUUCUGGCCGCGGACAAAGUAAUGGGGAUUUCAUCUGCCAUUUUCAAUGGCGAGGAUUAUCUUCAUCUGACAGACGAUAUUGUGCGACAGAUCGAGCGAUCUAGAGAACCUGGCUUGGAGGAAUCAAGGGCCAUCAUAAAGCGGAUCCGCACACGCAGCUUGUACAAAUUUGUGGACGAGCUAUUGAUUCCUCGAGAAAAGUUGGGGCGUUUGACGAAACAAAAUGUGAAUGCGGUAGAGAUCGUGUCGUGCCAGGGACCAAACGACCAUCUAAAAGAAGAAGAUGUCAUUGUCGAGUUCUUGAAGAACAACUACGCGAUGAAAGAUCAGAAUCCAGUCGACGGCAUCAAGUUCUUUUCCAAGAACAACCACGCAGUUUCCUACCAUAUCCCCAAGGAAAAGGUCUCUAGUCUUAUCCCCAGUGAGUUUCAGGAAAAUAUCAUCCGAGUGUUUGCCAGAGACCCGUCCAAGGUCAGGGCUGUGCACGAAGCUUUCCGUCGCCUGAUGUCCAGAUUUUAUCGCACAAGUGAUGGAUCAAGCAACUUGCCUCCGUCCUCAACGUCUCCUUAUUAUGACUCAAGGAACACAACCCCUGAGAGAGUAAACAGCACGGCUCCGUUGGCCUGGUUACAAUCCCGACAGGCAUCGCCUACACGUAACAAGGGCGGCAGUGGUGGCAGCUUCAAAAGGCGCGACCGCAGCCAUAGCCCUUCAUCGAAUCGACGGAUAAAAACGAGUGGGCUAAGAUCCCUUGGCGAUGGUGUCGUGGAUAUCUCAGACAGCGAGGAUUGA